AUGCUCUUCCGUCUUCGCUCCCUAAGACAUUCCCUCCGCCCCCGGCUGGUUCUGCUUGCCCUCAUCACUCUCACAUUCCUGGACUUCCUGCUAAACACAAGCACGGCCCCGGGCCCCAAGCGGACAUCAGAACUCUCCGCACCCCUAGCCAGAGAAAAGAUAUUCAUCGUCUCCAUCCAGCGGAACUCGGAAUAUAUGCUCCGCCUAUACUGGAACGCCGCUCUGCUCUCCCUCGUCUCGUUCCUGGGGCCUAAGAACGUCUUUGUGUCCAUUCUGGAGUCGGGCAGUCUGGAUGAUACGAAGGGCGCUUUGAGGUAUCUGGAAGAGGCUCUUAAUGGCCUUGGGGUGGAAAAUAGGAUUGUGCUGGGGGAAACUAUGCAUGAGCAGAUGGAGGGAACGAAGCACGUCCCGUUUGAUAGAGAAGGGUGGAUAUACACCGGGCGAGAGGGUUUUGGGGACGGGGGGUGGGAGAAGAGACGAAUUCCGCAUCUAGCCAAGUUGAGGAACCAGGCUAUGGAGCCUCUUUUCCAGGUCGAGACGAGAUUUGAUAAGGUGCUUUGGGUUAAUGAUGUUGUGUUUACGAAUGAAGAUGUUGCGAGCUUGCUUUCAACAAGGGAGGGGGAUUACGCUGCUGUUUGUGCGAUGGAUUUCUCGGGUAAUGCUGAUGCAUAUUACGAUACAUUUGCGUUGCGGGAUUCAUCUGGUCUCAAAACAGGCUCAAUCUACUACCCAUACUUCCUCUCACGCCCCUCUCUGCAAUCCCUCCUCUCACUCCAACCCGUCCCCCUGCAAUCCUGCUGGAACGGACUCGUCUCCUUCGCCGCCGCUUCCUUCUACACGUACCCUCAAUUAAAGUUCCGCGGCAUCUCAGACUCUCUUGCAAACGAGCACUUGGAAGGUUCCGAAUGCUGCCUCAUUCAUUCUGAUAACCACAAGCUGCGCGACCAGAAAGGCGUGUGGAUGAACCCUAAUGUGCGCGUUACGUACAACGCAUCGACGUACGUGAGGGUCAACCCGCAGGGACCGCUGCCGGAGAGUAUCAGCGGGGACGAGAAUAUGAAGGGCGUGAUUGAGGAGGUAAAGGGGGGUGCGUGGCCGAGGAAGUGGGAGCGCUGGACGGGGAUGUGGGAAAAUAGACGGGCGAGGUGGUUUGGGUUCGGCCGGGCUAGGUAUUGGAGCGAGAACCAGGUGAUCAAGAUGAGGGUGAAGAAGUGGACGAGUCAGGGCAGAGAGAAAGGAGAGGAGGGGGAGGAGAAUGGGCUGGAGUGUUUGGUUAAUGAGAUGCAGAUUAUGUUAGAACUUGGGUGGCAGCAUGUCUGA